AUGCUUCGCUUCGCUGCUAGAGCACCCCGUCUCAAUGCAGAGUCUAUUGCAGGCACGCCAGGCAACGGACUGAGAACCAUGGGUUUCAAUGGACCCGCACAGGUCGCGAACAAUUUCGGCAUUGAAGUUAGCAAGGAAUUUAUCACCGUUCCCGGCAGAAUCCUACCGACACCCAAGGUCUACUACGGAAACAAGGAGAUGCAGGCCAGAGAAGGGUCCUGGAAUUUGAUAAACAUCAAGUUUGCUAAGCCUGGUUCGAUCGGUCAAUGGGCCUGCGUCGUCCUCAAUUACAACGAUCAGAGGGGCAACGCGUUGCUUCCUAGAGGCUCUCAGAUCCAAGGCACGGAUGUCCUCGACGACAAUGGUAUCCUGACGUCCCUUGAGCGUCACUUGAAUGCUUAUGGAGUCCGUAUGGGUACACGUCUUCAGACUCAAAACAUCCUUAUCUCUCGUCCCAACGAGCAAAGUCGCAAGGCUAUCGAUGAGAAGCUUGACGAAACCUUUUUCAAGGCGGCAUCGUAUGGUAUUGAGCUUCUUUUCAUUAUCCUCAAGGAAGCAGACAAGUGGCUUUACAGUCGCAUAAAGUACUACGGUGAUGUCAAGCAUGGCGUACAGAGUAUCUGUGCAGUGGGAUCCAAAAUUCAGAAGCCUAAGGGACAAGAUAUGUAUCUCGGCAACCUUGCCUUGAAGUUCAACAUCAAGGGCGGUGGUGUCGUCCAUACACAGCGCGAUAUGCAUCCUUUCGGCAAGGACUGCAUGCUUGUUGGUAUUGAUGUGACUCUUCCUUCGCCUGGCUCUGCUGAAGGCAGUCCCAGUAUCGCUGGUGUUGUUGCCAGCGUAGACGAGCAGCUAUCUCAGUGGCCUGGCUCGUUGCGCACCCAGAGAGGAAAAGAGGAAAUGGUCCAGGGACUUACGGAGAUGAUGCUGGAGCGCUUAGAAUUGUGGCGCAAGCACAACAAGAGCCUUCCUAGCAAGAUCAUCAUCUUCCGUGAUGGCGUUUCUGAGGGACAGUACAACCUUGUCCUUGAUCAUGAACUUCCGCCUAUCCAGAAGGCCUUCGAGAAGCUCUAUGGCAGCAAAACUCCGCGCAUAACUGUGGUAAUUGUGGGUAAGCGGCAUCACACCCGUUUCUAUCCUACGGACGGCAAAUCAAUGGACCAGAGAUCCGGCAAUCCUAUGCCAGGAACUGUGGUCGACCGUGGCGUUACAUCCCACUACCUCUGGGAUUUCUUCCUCCAGGCACACAAGGGAUUGCAAGGAACCGCUAGGCCUGCCCACUACGUCGUCAUCAAAGACGAGCUCAACUUCAGCCAGGACGUCCUUGAAAGUUAUGUCCACAAGCUUUGCUAUCAGUUUAACCGUGCCACCAAGGCUGUCUCCAUAUGCCCUCCAGCCUAUUACGCCGAUUUGAUUUGCGAGAGAGGUCGCAUGUACCUCUACUCGACUUUGAACGAGAACCAGAGCGCAAAUGGUUCGGCUUACAACGCUCAGACAGCCGAGUGGACUCAGGGAGUUCACAAGAACUUGACCGAGAAGACAUUCUACAUUUGA